GCAACGGUUUUGCCGCUCAUCUUAACUAAUUCGUGUAACUUAAUUAUAAUUUCCUUAAUCUCUUUCCAAUAGCAAUUAUAAGGUUGAAGGUGUUAGCAGACGAAAAUCUUCAGACUAACAACGAGAGUAUUGGAGUUUAUGUUAUGUGACUUCUGGAUCUGGAUAAUGAUUUCGAAGCAAUGGGAUAUCCAAGAAGCAGGCACACAUCUACAGAAGAAAUCACUCCUUCCUGCCAUAUGAAUUUGCGGAGCUCAUCUAAAAGAAGACGGCGAAAUGGUGAUAAUAAAGAGAAUGCGAGUGGUGUUGGGGUGAAAUGCUCGAGCUCGGUUUCUGGGAAGGGUUUGUCGGAAAGAAAGAGGACUUGUCUGCAGGUUAGGGACGAAAAUUCUACGGCAGAGAGUUUUUCGGAGAUUCCAGCCGACGGAGAAACAGGACUUGGGGCUAACCAAAAACAGGGCGAGGGUUUACAACAGCUUAAUUCUAGAGACGAGGGCUCUGCUCAUGCUUUAAAUGUUGAAAAUGAUGGCAAGAUCGCGGUGUUUUCUGAUGCGCGACCGAGCUCUACAGAGUGUCUGGUUGAAGAUCAAUCGGUUUUAUUUGCCACCUUGAAGGAGCUAUACUCAAAGCUACAUCUAAAGUAUAAGCGAUUAAAGGAAAGGAAGCUUAGUGAAGUUGAGGAAUAUAUUGAAGAGCAAAACAGGAAUCUUAUUGCAUAUGCAGAAGCUCAGCAUGAGUUACUUGAACAAACAAGAAGGGCGAACGAUUGGUUGAAGUUAAAUGCCGAUGAGGAAAAGAUCACAGUUUUUUUUAACAGGUUGAGGUUGUUAGAAAUGGAAAAGAUAGAGUGGCAAACUAAUUUGCAUGUGCAGCAUACAGAGAAUUUGGAGCUCAAAAAUGAGGUAAAGAGACUUAAGUCUUUGCUAUCAGAUUGUGUGGAAGAGAGCAAGAAGAUUAAGAACUUCAAUGUGCCAUGCCAACGCUGUAAGGCUGAUUGUUCUAUUGCCAAGGGACAGUUUUCUUUUUCCCAAGAUAUGCACUCUGAAAACGCAUGCUCUGCUGGCUUAGAAUCGAAUUUGGUUGUCCACAAUUCUACCAUGCAAACAGAAGGGUUUCAAUAUAGUUGUCAAGCUUGUGGCCAUAACAACAGAGUUGACUUUGGGGAAAAAAAAAGCAAAUUGGUUGGUAAUGGAACAAAUCAAUCUGUUGAUGACAUUGUUCAGGUUGGAUUGGUUAGAGGCAUCAUCUAUAGUGAUAAUCAACUAGGAAAGGAUGCUCAGAAAGGGGAAGCAACUGAUAUGAUAGUGGGAAAGGUAAAUAGUUUUGUAAGAGCGCUGUUACAGGGCAUGGCUGGGUUUAAGAUCUCAAUUGCUGAUGAAGCAGAGGCACCAAAGUUAUUUUUUCUUCAUCAAUCAAGUGGUUUCUCUUUCCAUUUGAGACGGCAUCACUAUGAAGAUAAUCCAGGUGAAAAUGGGGAACUCAUGUAUCAGGUGGUCUCAUUAGGAACAUUGCACAAGAUAGUGCCAGACUGGAUGAAGGAAGAAAUUAUCUUCACUAUAGCUCAAGUGGAUGUGUUCUUUAACAGAUUAUUGCAGGUCACUAAUGGGCAUGACUUUCGUGUACUGUGAUGAGGUCAUUCUGACUUCACUUGCAUUUGUGAUUAUUUAUUCAACAUAUUUAUUCAGCCUGUUAGAUCUAUGACUAUUUUGAUCGUUAUCAUCUGUAACUGUAAUGAGUGAAGGCAGAAUUUCAGAGAUUUCCGUUUUGUUGUAGCAGUCUUUUUAACAGAUCAACACUUGAGAUAUGUAACAUGGUAUAGGUUGGUAUCGUUUUCUUUUAUUGAUCUACCUUUGUGCUCUUGCUGCACAGAAAAGCAUAUUGCUUUGAUUUUUCUA